AUGGCCGAUUUUGUUCUUGUCACGGGAGCGACUGGCUUUAUCGGCGCCCACAUCGUCGACGUGUUGCUUGCUCGUGGUAUGCGAGUGCGUGGCGCGACACGAUCACCGGAGAAAGGCGAAGCUAUGAUCAAGGCUCGUCCACAAUAUGCAGGGAGGCUGGAGUUUGUUCAAAUUGACGACUUUGGAAGACCUGGCGGCUUGAUCGAAGCUGCCCAAGGAGUAGAUGGAGUGAUCCAUACGGCCAGUCCAUUCACGUACAAUACGACGAACAACGAACGCGAGCUUAUUCUUCCCGCAAUAAAUGGUGUACGUGCAGUGCUCGACGCGGCCAGCAAAAAUCCGAAAAUCCGGCGCGUCGUCAUCACCUCUUCCUUCGCUUCCGUCCUUGAUGCCAAUCGCAAAGGCCCUCCGUAUUUUAGAUACACUGGUGCGGACUGGAAUCCUCUCACCUAUGAGGAGUCUGUGGAUCCAGCUACGAAUGCGAUCAUUGCGUAUCGGGGAUCGAAGAAAUUCGCUGAGCUGGAAGCCUGGAAAUAUGUGGAGGAACACAGCCCGACAUUCGAUCUUGUCGCAUUAUGUCCCCCGAUGACCUUUGGACCGGUGGUACACCCCGUCACCCAUGUGGAUAAACUCAACGAGUCGAAUGCGAUGUUAUGGAAGAUUGCCAAUGGUGAAAACCCUCUGCCUAUUGCACGAGUGCCAUUCUGGAUUGAUGUUCGGGACCUGGCCAUUGCCCAUGUUGAGUCCUUACUCCGGGAAGAAGUGGGUGGCAAGCGAUAUGUGCCUUCAUCCCCAGAGCGAUUUUCAUAUGGUUUAGCAGCAAAAAUCAUAGCGCAGGAGUUCCCUGAUCUCAGAGCCAAAGUCACACAAGAAGACCAAGUCGUUGAUGAGAGUUGUGGGUUGGAUGGUCAAACUGCUGCAAAGGAAUUGGGAUUUCAGUAUCAUCCAUUUUCUGAUACUGUGAGAGAUUUAAUGUCUCAGUCAGUCUCCCUGAGCGAAUGA